CCUUACCCAUUCGGCAUGGCGCCGGGAUGCUUCCUCGACGGCUUCGAGGUCAGCUGCAACCGCACCUUCGACCCCCCUCGCGCCUUCCUCGCGCGGGGCUCGCAGCAGAACGACGAAGGCUACUACCUGAGCUACGAGGCGGCCGUGACGUCAACCAACUACUGGUCCCUCCCCGUCGAGCUCGUCGACGUCACGCUCUCGCGCGGCGAGGCCCGGGCGUACGGCGCCGUCGUCACCGACUGCACCCCGACCAACGAGUCCUACCACGUGUACCGGCGGCAGCUGACGAUGCUAGACAGCUCGCCGUUCGUGCUCUCCUCCUCCCGCAACGUCCUCACCGGCGUCGGCUGGAACGUCCAGGCGCAGCUCACCAAGUCGCUCUACAGCUCGGGCUACAUGCUCAGCUGCGCCUCGCUGCUGCAGUUCCCGGAGACGGCGGCGAGCGGGUCGUGCUCCGGCAUGGGCUGCUGCGAGGCGAACGUGACGGCGGGCCUCCGGUACAGCUCCGUGACGUUCGCGCACAAGAACAACAGCUUCUGGUCGCCCAAUCCUUGCUCCUACGGCAUGGUCGUCGAGAAGAACUGGUACAACUUCUCCAAGGACGACAUCUACGGCAACCAGACCUUGCCCCGGAAGUUCCCGAGGGGCGUCCCCUUUGUGCUGGACUUCGCCGUCGGCAACGCCUCCUGCCCGGCGCAAGGCCAGCCGCCGUUGGACAGCUACGCUUGUCGCAGCGGCAACAGCUCCUGCGUCAACGCGACCAGCAGCGCAGGUUACAUCUGCAAGUGCUGGGACCAUUACGAUGGCAACCCAUACAUCCCUGGUGGUUGCCAAGAUAUCGAUGAGUGCGACCUCCGAACGAAAUUUCCUGAGCUCCGGGAUGUGUACCCUUGCUCCGAUGACGGGAUCUGCAAGAACACGCCGGGGGAUUAUGAGUGCCCAUGUAAACCUGGCAUGAAAGGCGAUGGCAAGGCUGGAACAUGCACUGAGAAGUUCCCACUGGUAGCCAGAGUGAUUGUUGGAACCGUUGGCGGUCUCCUUGUCCUCGCAACUUUGGUUUUUGUCUUCCUUCUUCGCAAGGAGAAACAAAAGAUGAAGGAAUUUUUCAUUCGAAAUGGUGGUCCUAUACUGGAAAAUGCAAAGAGUAUAAAGAUAUUCAAGAAAGAGGAGCUAAAGAGAAUGACAAGAACUUAUAGUCAUGUUCUUGGAAAUGGUGCCUUUGGUAUGGUAUACAAAGGGUUCCUUGAUGAACAACACCCUGUUGCUGUAAAGAAGUCCAUGAAAGUUGACAAGACGCAGAAGGACCAAUUUGCAAAUGAAGUCAUUAUCCAAUCUCAAGUAAUCCACAAGAACAUCGUCAGGCUAAUAGGUUGUUGCCUUGAGGUGGAUGUUCCAAUCUUGGUGUACGAGUUUGUCUCCAAUGGUAGCCUACAAGACAUUCUUCACGGUGAGAACAAAGUUCCUCUCACUCUAGACAAGCGUUUGGCCAUCGCUACCGAAUCUGCAGAAGGCCUAGCUUAUAUGCAUUCCAAGACUUCGACCAGCAUCCAACAUGGUGAUGUUAAGCCUGCCAACAUACUCUUAGACGAUCAAUUCAAUCCAAAGAUAUCUGAUUUUGGAAUCUCAAGGUUGAUUGCAAGAGAUGUUGCCGAGCACACUAACGAUGUCAUUGGUGACAACAACUAUAUGGAUCCAGUUUAUCGUGAAACUGGUCUGCUAACCAAUAAGAGUGAUGUCUAUAGUUUUGGUCUUGUGCUCUUUGAAAUCAUCACUGGCAAGAAGGUAGUUUAUGGUGGUGCCAGUAGCUUUGUCAAGAGUUACCUUGACACAUACUUAACUGAGAUAAGAGCAAACAAGGUGUUGUUUGAUAAGGAAACUGGAGAAAAGGAUAUUGAGCAUCUCCAUUGUCUUAUUGAGAUCUCCAAAGAGUGCUUAGAUAACAAUGUGGACAAAAGGCCGGAGAUGACAGAUAUAGCAGAACGUCUGCAAGGCAUUAUUAGAGCGCGAAGGUUUCUUAAUUGAUUCAUGCACGAAUGCACAAUAUAUGUGCUCUAUCCAAAUGUGGAGCCAGGAAAUCUCCAAGAGUAGGGCUGAACUUGCUUACACAUAUUUGAAUCUUCAAAAUACAAUUUGCAUUGCUUUCUUUUAUAUGAUCUAAUAACAAUUUAUGAGGCAAGCCUAGAGCUGAAGCCCUAGCUAGCUGUACUAGGCUGUGUCUCUGCCCCUAGCUAAGUGUGUUAGUUUAUUUUUAUCUACAUUAGUUCUACAAUACAAUGUUGUACUUUUAAGACCUAAUGUCUAUUCGGUAUCCUCAUCUCUGAAUAAAAUAUGUGUGUAAU